ACCGGAAGUGCAGUCGGAUUGGUUAGCAGACACCUUUCAAAACGCAGUGCGCGGCGCUGAAGUUUCCAUGAUUGUUGUUGAGGAUUUGAAUCUUCUUCUUUUUUUAACUCACUCAACAACAACAACAACCUGCGCUGCUGCUUCAUCCUGUUAUUAUGAAGGACGGUGUCUGUCUGCGGUGAACAAAGAAGCUCUCCUGUUUGUGAACUGGCGACAUGAAGUGUCUGAAGGUGGACGAGUACAUCAGGAGGACAGCUUCAGUGGAGGAGACGGAGCUUCUGCUCCAAGAGCUGAAGAGUUAUGUAAAAAGUCCACCAGGCCUCCAGGGUCGCACGCUGUGUGACAGGGUCAUCCGAGCCUGUAACCAUCACCUUGGAGCUGGCUCUCCUGACUCUGACCAUGUCGGUCACUUGGUGCAGCUGGUGGAGGUUUCCCUACAUGGCUACGAUGUCUCUGCGGCAGUCAUUGCUCAGAGCACACCUCUGUACAUGGAAAAGAUCAUUUUCCAUAUUGUCAAGAAGCUAAGCUCCCUAGAAGCUCAAAGUCUAUGCAGCCAUGUCGCUGGGUUGCUUUACAGCAGGCUUACCCCACCCCAACAGGCUGAGGACUACUGUGUUCUGGUGCGGAGCUGCUUCUCGGUGCUUUGGAACGGAUUAUCUGCCACCAAAGACCGGAAGAUUGUAAACCCCCGCGACAAACUCCACUGCCAGAUGCAAGCUCUGAGCUUCCUCCUGUUGUUGGACGCAGAAAGCGCAUCGACCCCCAUCUCCAAAGCUCCCAUAUACACAGAGGACGCCAUCACUGAAUUUGAGAGUAGCUGUGGAGCGAAGACCAAGGACGACGCUGAUUUUCUUCUUCAGGAAAUGUGCGCCCUUUUCAAGAGAUGCUGGAGUGAAGGCUGUAAGGGGGACACACCUAAGCAAUCUGCUGAGACAUCAGGUUUAUAUGUGCUUUCUGAAAUGGUGCUGAUUGUACUGAAGGUGCUUUGUAAGGCUGGCCACUAUGAUCCAGCUUCCACCCUCGUGAAUGAAAUUGAGAGUAGGAUCAGAGACCACGCCGACUGUCGGUGCACGGUUGCAGUGCUCGGCAAAUGGGCGGUAAAAAUUCAUUCUACGAUGAAGGCUGGUGGGGAGAGUGGCCAAGCUUUGACAGAGUGUGCCAGGGCCUUGAGGUCUCUUCCGGCAGUCCUGGGGGACCAGGAAGCUCAUGCGGUCCUGGAAGGUUGCGGGCUGGUCGUGUGGGCUGUGGAAAGUGGCCACAGCAAAGGACUGAGUGGAUCUGUGCUCCUGGCUUGGUUUUCUUUUCUUGAGGAGCACCAGGAACGGAUAUUAAAGAUGUUAAAGAAGAACUUGACAGGCCAGGCUGAAGGCGGCAGACUGCAGCAGGCUCUGUGCUUCAGUAUUUACCAAGGCUUCGUAUUUGCUUACGAGAGCAUGCUCGCAUCGCAGCUGGAGGACGACGACACACUUGACAGGGUGCUGCUGUACUGCCAGGCCACAGCUGGACAGAUGAUGACUGAACUGCGUAAACUGUCGAGUGAAAACUUUCUCGUCAAAGCAGUGAUUGCUGUGAGUAACUUAGCUUGUGGAUUGUACAACCGCCGUCUCUAUGACCAGGCCUUCAUGCUAGUUGAGAUCCUCUGCAGGGAUCUAUGCAAGAGUUGCCCUGCCUCGCUCUCCGUCGAUAGGUUGAGCCGGCCCUUCAUGCUGGCUGUGCAGACAUCUCGACGGGCCGGACAACUGGAACGAGCGUUAGAUUGGGUGAUCCUGUGGCUGAAGGCUUUGGGGGACAAAAUCACUACUCAUAUGGCCGAACCGGUCUCUCUCUGGGUGAAAACGAAGACCGACGCAGCCCGUAAUUCUGAGGAGGACGUCCGUCUCCGGACAUUACACGAUGGUUUUGGUCCAGACGUCCCUGAUGAGAGAGUAAUGCUUUGCCUUUUGGAGGAAGAGCUGCGUGCCUAUAAGGAGGUGGCAGGAGACACAGCCCAGGAGCGUUACAACACACUUUGUGAUCUGUUGGACAUCUGUCAUGAGGAGAGCACCCACACCCAUUUACGUGCUGUGUACCUCUGUGAAAUGGCCCAAGUUGUGUGUUAUCAGGAUUUCAGUGAACAAACUGACUGCACGGCAGUGGAUUUUGUUCAUGAAGCUUUGCGGCUGCUUGAAGAAGAAGCAGAGACUCCAGAGAAUGCUGACAGACUGAAGGAUGACAAGGCCCAUGCUUUGCUUUGGCUCUAUAUCUGCACUCUUGAGAAGAAUCUUCAGGAGGCCAUCGAAAGAGACAAAAAACAGCGAGAGUUGCGCGAGCAGAUGCGUUGUGUGUCCAACCCCAUAGGAACCAAUGACUUUGAUUACGAAGACAAGCAGAAGACACAAGACAGCAUACAGGUGUACGAAGGCCUGCAUUUCAACCUGGGCGCAGAGAACAAGCUGUGCAAGCCUUUGGAACGAGCCCUGGAUGAGUGGUCCGCUCUUCUGCAGUGUCGAGCGCUGCCUUUGCUCAGAAACCCCAAACAGACCUGUAGCGCCAUUGCCGUGAUGGCGGCUCUUUUCAAACUUAUGGGAAAGCCUCUGAAGGCUUUGGAAGCUUACCAACUUGCGAUUGGACUUUCACGUCACCUUGCCGAUGCCCACGGAAGUGCCAGCGCCCUCUGUCAAUCAGCCAGCAUUCUUCUGGACAUGGGCAUGCCCGAACUGGCUUUGGCACAGCUCGAGCAAGCAGAAAAGUUCGUCGCCUCAGACUGCACUGCCGAGGGACCUUCUUCUCUCUCUAUGAUGGCCAUUCUGCUGAAAGCUCAGUACUGUUACAGCACAGGACAGGUGGAUCUUGGGGUGCCUUAUCUGUGCGACGUGCUUAAAGAAGUGAACGAGCAGAGGCAGUCAAAGAGCUGGUACCUGCUGCGUGCUCGGACCCUCCAGAUCUGCAGUUCUUAUCUGGGUUUGGACACGGCCGCACUGCCUCAAGUCCAGCGGGGCCGUAUCACACAGCAUGGUAUAAAAAGUUCAGACACUGCCCUGUACGAAAGUCUGAAGCUUCUCUGCAGCCUGCUGCUCACUUUAGUGGGGAAGGGCCUAUACGGAUCGAACGGCGGCAGCUCAGACGUGCGCUUCAUCGACCAAGGCGAUAACCUGGUGAUGAAGUGGCAGCUACUCUCAGAGCUGUUGAACUGCUCUGUGAAGAUGGUAGCUGUGAGGAGCAACUGCGGGGCCAUCAACGAUGCCAGGCUGCAAUGCCUAGAAGCACUUAAACUAGCCAUCAAGCUGCAAGCACUCAGCCGAUGCGCUGAGCUGCUGGUGAUCAAAGCUGAGCUGGAGCUGAUGCAGGGGGAGAGAGAGGAAAGUGGAAUCGAUUUAGACAAAGUCAGAAACCUUCUGGAGCUUUGCACAGAUUUCUCCGAUCAGGUGCAGAAGGCGGAGGUGAAAAUCAAACCUCGGAAAGGUCGCCCAGCACAGAAAUCUCAGUCUCCCCUUCCGACCAUAGAGGAUGAUUUCAAGGGCAUCCUGAGCACUAGGUGGAGUGCCAAAGAACCUGUAGUGAGGGAUCUUGCCAGUUCCCCGCCUCUUAAAGCUCAGCCUCGUCGCUGGUUGUCCUCCCUGGCCCAUGACUGUGACUGCCAGUGCCCCUGUUGCUCCGAGCCCUGCCUGGGCCGUGCCACUGCUCGCUGGGCAACUACACAGGCUGAUCUGGUUCUCCAGCUGGAUCCCAAUGAAGCCAGAGUCAGUUUUAAACUUCAGUGGGCAACUUUAGCUCGCUGUAAGAGUGUUUCUGCCAAACUUGGGGCAAAACUGGCUAAACUCUUCCCUCCCUGUGGCUCUGCCAAAGGUUUCACCAAACCCGCCCUGAUGCAGGACUUAGUGGGCCGCGUGUACCUUCGCAUGGCUCUGUUUGGUCUAGAACCAAGGCAUGAAAAGAUCUGUGGUAUAUGGAAAAUACUGGAGGCUGGCUUAGCAUUUGUUGAGUCCACACCCUCUCCUGUGCUAAGACCUAUCAAAGCAGGCUUAAUCGCAACCAAAGCCAUAGUGUCAUUGGUUACCUUGGCUGCCAAAAAGGGAUGCACCCCAGAGGAGCUCUUCUCAGAUGUUUGGACUUGGAAUGCACCAAAAGUGGAUGAAGAGCUGAAAUCAGAACAGAAAAUAGCGCUUCCCUCGUCUUUGCUCAAGAAACCUAAAAACGCAGACGUUCCCGACAAAACAAAAGAGGCGAAGAAGGUCAAGGUUGUCAAGCCCAAGAUUCAAGUGACGAGCUCCUCGACCAAAGCAAAGGGACUGGUUCCUAUGACACCAGUGACGGUUAAGUCAAAGACCUCUAUCAGGGAGCUCGGCUCUUUUGACUUUAACACAGUGGUACCUACUUUGGCCUGUACUCCUGUUCACAAAGUAAAAGCCCCUGCCUCAGUGCAGAAAGCACAGAGGACUGCUUCCAAGCUACAGUUUCAUGUGUAUGAAGAGGUGUCACCGACCCAAGACAAAGCCCGACCCGUGCCUGCUGCCCCCAGACGCACCAAGAAAUCACGUUUCAAAGUGGAGUUUAGCGACGAGAGUGACACAGAAGCCAAUACACAGACAGAGCCCAAAGAAAGCACAGACGUCCCUAAAAAGCGAACCACCACAAGAAGAGCUGCCCAAAACAGUAAAACAGCCCCAGACCCGCCUGCAGAGAAGAUCCCACCUAAGAGGCAGACAAGGGCUAAGAAGAGCACUGCGUUGGCUCGGGUAACCUCCUCUGACGACGACGAGACUUUAGCGGUUAAAGCUGCCUCGACGAGAAGAGGAAGAAGCAGAAAGGAGCUGUCCAAUGCGGAGGCAGAUUCAGUCGAGGAGCCAGACAAGAUGAGGGCCAUCGAGGAGGAAACCACAGAAGUUCUGGAUAUAAGCAUUGAGCAGCUUAGGACGUCGGACACUGAGACUGAAGACAAUUCUGCUUCAAGCAAAGACAUCGACGUAGAUUUUGAGGUGUUGCGGAGGGAUAUGUGCCGUGAUUUGGAGAGAGACGACUUGUUCGAACUGAGGAGCAGAGGUCAUCCGAGAGAAGGUCCACAAACCCACCUGUCUCAACCAGACACCAGGCCAGACAAUCUUUCUCUGGAGGACGUUCAGUCAUUGCUCCGCUCCGCCUGGUUGACCGUUCAGCACUUCCCGUCCCCGACCAUCUACACGACCCUCUGUGGUCUUCUGGCUCUUACUAUGGGACAGCAGGACCCAAUAACUACAGCGAUGCUGCACGCCCUGUCCUUGGGCAUUACAAGUCGGCAUCGCACAAUCAGGCAUUUAGCCAGUUGUCUCAAAAAGCUCAAAAAGGCGUCCAAUGAGCUAGCAGACAAGAUGGAUGCUCUGAGUCUAGAUGAGCCAAGCGAGCCUAAGACCUGUACCGAACAGAUGUUGUCACAGCUGGAGAACAUUUUCUCCUUUCCGACAGCUGACUCCUCCACCUUCCCCAAGAGCCACUGUCAAGAGUUUAUCCAGCACGUUCAACACCUUCCCGAAGGGGUGACGGUGUGUGUGAUGUCUGUGCUUGGACUAAAACCUGGUGAGAUGGGUGACAGCAUCAUACUGUCCCGCCUCGAGAAGGGGUCUGCCCCGGUCACUAUUCACAUCCCAACCUCUAAACAGCAGCACCCAAUUAGUUGGCUGGUGCAGGAGAUAGAUGGUAUUCAGGUGGAGCAGAAGGCUGUGAGCUGUGUGUCUGAGAAAGCCAAGUGGUGGGAGGGCCGCAGGGCGCUCGACUCUCGAGUUGAGCGAAUGUUGAAGGAGAUGGAGGGAUUGCUGGGAUGCUGGAAGAGCUUUCUUCUACCUCUUUCAUUGGAUCCCGAGCUCUCCAAACAGGCCCAGCACCUUUGCAAGUCCUUAUCUGCAAAGGGAGUGACAGUCAGUGAGGAGAUGUUGAAGGCCAUGCUGUCUGCCUCUCCUGCGCUCUCCCAAGAAGACCUGAAAAGAUUUGCUCUGGGAGUUUCUCCACAGUGGGAUUUGGAGUGUGACCAGCUUCUCCAUGCAGCGGUGUCUCACCUCGCCGACAGGAAUGAGCCUAACGGUCACGUGGUUCUCAUCCUGGACAAGUACCUUCAAAAGUUGCCAUGGGAGAGCAUCUCCAUCUUAAGAUCUCAUUCUGUCAGUCGGAUGCCUUCUCUGCACUCACUAAUCGGACUGAGCAUUCAGAGAGAGACUGACUCUAAGUCCAUCCUGAAGCAAGGUGUGGAUACGAAACAGGUGUUUUACGUGCUGGACCCUGACGCCAAUUUAGGAAACUCUCAAGACCGAUUCAAGGAAUGGUUCAGCAGUAAACUAGAUUGGGACGGUGUGUGUGGCGCAGCUCCUGACUCGGGCCAGCUGGAAGAAGCUGUUGCGACUAAGGAUCUGUACAUUUAUGUGGGUCACGGUGCAGGCGCCCGUUUCCUCGACAGCCAGGCGGUCCUGAAACGGCAGAUGAGAGCAGCCUCGCUGCUCUUUGGCUGCAGCAGUGCCGCUUUGGCAGUGCGCGGGGAUCAGGAAGGACAAGGCAUCAUCCUCAACUACCUCAUAGCAGGAUGCCCCUUUGUUUUGGGAAACCUGUGGGAUGUGACAGAUCGGGAUAUCGAUCGAUUCACUAAGGCCUUGUUGGAGUCCUGGUUAUCUGCUGGGUCUGGAGCUCCCCUCCUGGAUUAUAUGGGUCCGUCACGUCAGGCCACACACCUGAAACACCUCAUAGGAGCUGCACCUGUGGUCUAUGGUUUACCAAUCUACCUGCUGUAGGUGGGCUGAUGAGCCAAAGCUCUUCUUAAAAACAGGAUGUAAACAAUCUAUGCAGUAUUUUUAAGUGUUAUUGUAUCAGCACACAAGCUGCAGGACACGACUUUAACUUGUUUAUAUAUAAAUAGUUUUAUGCUAUAAAGUUUUGGCAAGAUUAAAGUUCUGCAUUUACUCUUAUUUAAACCGGUGCUUCCAUUUUUAAACCAUUGUCGCUACAGUGACUCAUUUUAAAUAACUUUUUUUGAAUGAAUUUGCUUUUAAUGUGUUGAUUGAACAAAUUUUGAAUAAAUGUGUUCUCACAUACAAUGAGUCUCUGCAUUGUGGAAAUGAGUUGGGAGGGAAAAGC